UGAUGGUGGGUAUGGGACAGAAGGACUCGUACGUGGGAGACGAGGCUCAGAGCAAGAGGGAUAUCCUCACACUGAAGUACCCCAUGGAGCACGGCCUCGUCACCGACUGGGACGACAUGGAGAAGAUCUGGCAUCACACCUUCUACAACGAGCUGCGUGUUGCCCCCGAGGAGCACCCCGUCCUGCUCACAGAGGCCCCCCUGAACCCCAUGGCCAACAGGGAGACGAUGGCACAGGUGAUGUUUGAGAGCUUCAAUACUCCCGCCAUGUACAUAGCCAUCUCCCCUGUGCUGGCCUUCUACGCCUCUGGUCGUAACACGGGUAUCAUCGUGGACUCUGGCGAUGGGGUCACCCACACUAUGCCCAUCUACGAGGGCUACAACCCCCCUCACGCCACCCUGCGUCUGGACUUGGCUGGCCGCGACCUCACCGACUACCUGAUGAAGAUGCUGACCGAGCGCGGCUACAGCUUCACCACCACGGCCGAGAGGGAAAUCGUGCGCGACAUCAAGGAGAAGAUGUGCUACGUGGCGCUGGACUUCGAGCAGGAGAUGGGCACCGCCGCGUCCUCCUCUUCUCUGGAGAAGAGCUACGAGCUGCCCGACGGACAGGUCAUCACCAUCGGCAACGAGAGGUUCCGCUGUCCCGAGGCACUCUUCCAGCCCUCCAUCUUGGGUAUGAAGUCUGGUGGCAUCCAUGAGACCACGUUCAGCUCCAUUAUGAAGUGCGACGUGGAUGUGCGUAUGCACGUGUACCCCAAUAUUGUGCUGUCCGGCGGCACCACCAUGUGUCCAGGCUUUGCUGACCGCAUGCAGAAAGAGAUCACAUCACUGGCACCCUCCACCAUGUGGAUCAAGAUGGUCGCAUACCCUGAGCGGAAGGACUCUGUGUGGAUCGGCGGCUCCAUCUUGGCCUCCCUCUCCACCUUCCAGCAGAUGCUGGUCAGCAAGCAGGAGUACGACGAGUCCGGCCCCUCCAUCAUGGACCGCAAAUGCUUCUGACCCCAUGGCCUAACCACUCCCCCUGGUGGACAAGCAGGAGUACGACGAGUCCGGCCCCUCCAUCAUGGACCGCAAAUGCUUCUGAACCCAUGGCCUAACCACUCCCCCUGGUGGACAAGCAGGAGUACGACGAGUCCGGCCCCUCCAUCAUGGACCGCAAAUGCUUCUGAACCCAUGGCCUAUCCACUCCCCCUGCUGGACAAGCAGGAGUACGACGAGUCCGGCCCCUCCAUCGUGCACAGUAAAUGCUUCUGACCCCAUGGCCUAACCACUCCCCCUGGUGGACAAGCAGGAGUACUACGAGUCCGGCCCCUCCAUGGUGUGUGUGUGUGUGUGUGUGUGUGUGUGUGUGUGUGUGUGUGUGUGUGUGUGUGUGUGUGUGUGUGUGUGUGUGUGUGUGUGUGUGUGUGUGUGUGUGUGGUAAGCAUAAAGGAUCCGUGCAGACCAGCAGAGGCACUGGAAUAUCUUCCUGCAACAUUCCUGUCCAUUUCUUUGCCAAAUUGAAUCGUUGAAAUUGUUCAUUUU